AUGCCGCGGAGAGCGGCAGACACGGUGCCGCGACAACAGUCCGCAGACCGACGGCGGAGAGUCCCAGACACUGGAAUGUGGGCCAGAGGAAACGGACCAAAACCUCUCCUCCUCCCCAGCGACCGUCGCGUCCGUUCUGUGUUCUCGUUUUCUCUCUCUUCCUCCUUGCCGUGACCACUAAAACGCCGCCGCCACUCCGCUACACGUAACGUCUUUUGCCGUGAGGCGUCUUCAACCUAUUAUUUAACCUCACCUUUCCGAUAUCGGCUCUUUUUUCUUCUUGGUGUAGCCUCUCCCACAAUUCAUUUACCGAAUAUUUCCAACUUUUCCGGCUAUGCGGCCACAUGAGAAGCCGAGGAGCGAAAGCAGCGUUCAGGUAUGUCGAUAUCGACCUGAUAGGUUGUCUCUCUCAGAGAAACGCGGAAAAAGUAUCCUUCCUUUGUAGCGAAAGGAAACAAAAUUCCAGCACUGCAAUGUGUAAACAAAAGUUUCCUCAAUUAGAAAAAAAGUCUGAAAAUCGAAAUUCAUUCAAAAUUAUCAAUCUUACAUGAGUCUGAUUUCCUAUCCAUUUUCUUUUGACAGAAAGUUUCGAUGUCAAAAAUUGAAGAAGAAAAUAAUGAAAAAAGCAUAUUAUUGUCUUUGAGAUUCUGAUUGGAAAAAAAAAGAUGAAAAAUUCUAAAUCUCACAGUAAUCUUACGCUGGUAUUUCAUUUCAUAAAUAUGGGAAAUUGAAAAAAAGGAAACAUUUGAUAAAAAAAUUCGAUUAAAAUCUAAAAAACUGAAUAAUAUUUCCCGAAAAAAAUUUCCAAGUCAGAUUCCCUGACAAAGAGUUUUUAAAAAAAUAUUGAAGAAGACCAAUAAUUUUUUUCUUCGAUCUUAAAUUGGUUUUUUUCUCAGCUAUCCUUCAAAAUCGCUCAAGUUUUAAUGUAACUAUCAAAAAAGUUUGGCAUUGGAAAAGCAAAAAAAAACCCCCUCCUAAUCGAUUCCCUUUACAGCGCUAAAUUUUUCUGUCUGAAAGCUUUUCUUUUCCAACCAUUUCGCAAAGCGAUUCUUAGGAAAGAUGAAAAAUUGGACAUCAAGCUUUUUUUCUUUUUCCCGGAUCGUCCCAUCGCUCAGUAUUCUUGCGCAGUCGAACUCUCAAAAAUUUAAAUACUAUCUGCUCUUUUGAAUCAACACAGUUCUUCCUACCAAAAAUCCCUUCUAUUCAAAAGGAUUAAAAACAGUGUAAAACUAAACCUUAGUUGACAGAAAAUCAAGAAUUUCGCUGUUACCCUAGGGUUGAACAACCUUUUUUUUUCAUUACGAGUUCAAAGUGAGCUAAAAGAUCACUUCAUAAUUAUACUCUACACACUAUACGCAUUCGGACUCGAAAUAACUAUAUCGCAACAACCUCAAAUAAAAAAUCUAUUUUUUUAUUUACUUUCUUAUUCAUUUCCGCACAUUUGCUGAUAGCUGUCUGACAUUUCUUCAUAAAAAAAACCUCGCCAAUGUUAUUAAUAAUGCCAAUAUUUACACUCAGAAGAUAGGAAUGUUGAGAACAAAGAAAUAAAACAUACGAUUCUGGUUAUUCUGCUACCAAAAUGCGUCAUCACGAUGGAAUUCUUUAAUAAUGCAUUCUUGAAAAAAAAAGUUCGACAGAGAAAAUGAAACCUGAAACGCAAAAAAUAUAGAAAAUAAAGAUCAUAGGUAAAGUGCGAGAGUUUCAGGUGAAAAAUAUAAAAACGUUGAAAUGCUCCUCUUUAUAUAUAAUAAAUAAAUAUAUAUAUAUAUCUAAUGAGUUUCCGACUUGCCGAAAAAAAGAAACUGUUCCAAAACGCAGAAAUGAAUUUAAAAAUAUACUGUCCAAUAUUUCGGAGAAAAAUAGGACGGUAAUGGAAAACUUUAUCACUUUUGAAAAAAAAAAUGCGCAGUUUUUUUUGGACGAAAUUUCGUUGAGAACGCAUAGUGUCAUUAAAAGCAAUGGUAGAUACAGCGCAAAAAAAAAAUUUACUCAAUAUUUGUUAUAUAACAUAGCAAACUUAAGAUGUCGAAAAAACCGAAAUAUGAAUGAAUGAAUGAAUGAAUGUUUAUUUCGCUCACAGAAAGAUCUGUGGCGUGGAGGAAGAGAACCAAGAAAGUUUUAAUUACCUCGAAUAAAUAAAUAAGAAAAACGAAAAGUUUUAAAUAUAUCCAAUCAAAACUAGUGUGAUUGGAAAUUUAAAAAAUUCGUUCGAUUAAAACUCAUCUAGAGCAAGUAAGCUCUGCCGACAAGAAGAGAGAGAGAGAGCUCCCCGUCUGGCGCGACUUUGCGGCGAGAGAUUUAAGUUCCGCAGGCUUGCGCCAAGAAAAAAACCCAGCGCUAAAAUUUGCGCGAACCUCGCGCAAUACAGGGCGCAAGCUUGCGCUAUGGGAGGGCUGCUUUAGAGCUCACAAACUCAUUUACAGUAAUUCCGAAACUGUUUCGUCUAUGUUUUUCUAUUUUUCCUAAAUUAUGUUUUUCUUUUUUUCUAUAUAUUUUUUUCUGGUUUUUUUAUAAAUGAAAUUUUAUCAUCAUCGUUUUUUUAGUUGACUUCAUAUUUGUAUGCGACGCGUCGAAACGUAUCUUUUUCGAGAGAUUCGAUGUAUUGGUUUAUCCGAUUAUACUUUGAGAAAGGUAAUUAUUUUUGUUUUUUUCUUCCUAGCGAAGACGUUUUUUUGAUUAUUUUUUUCUUAAAAAAAUUAACUCCAGAAAUUACAAAAAAAGUGAGUUCGAUAUUCUUUGUAUUAGCUGUAAUACUGAAUUUUUUUCAGAUCUAAUGAAGAGAGAGUUCAACAAUAAGAUUCUCAUGGAGUGGUGAACAUGAUAUAUGGAAGUUUGCAAUGUUGAGGUUUGUAGUUUUUCGAAUAACAUUUCAUUAUUUCUCUUAUGUUCUUGGUACAAUCCAAAGCUGUACACUACGUCUAUAAUAAGGAUAUAUACAGAAAACUUGAAGAGAUUUCGAAAAAAAGUUUAUCAGAGUCAAAAAGACGAUUUUUGUGAUGGAUUAAUAUUAAUAAAAUGGCUAUUAUGAUGAAACUUGGGUUCCAUAGGUAAUUCUUUACGCUCAAUCGGAUGGCUUUUAACAGAUUUUUUUGAUAUAUUUUUCUGGAUUCGCCGAAAAGUCCAUGAUCGAGGGUGGUCCUAUCCUUAUUGGACGCAGUGUACCAGAUAUAAUAUCUGUUCAUAUAAAAAAAUUAAAGGGACCCUGAUAAUCAUGUGAUUGUUUAACAAAAAAAUAUGUUUUUAUUUUAACAAAAAAAUCGUAUAAAGUGAAAAAAAGCAACUAUAAAACUUCAGCUAUGAUACGCCGAAUUUUUCGACACGAUGAUGGUCAAAAGAAAGAGGUUCCUCCACCCUGGUUCGAAAUAUGCGAAUAAAAAGUAAUUUUUGAUUAUUUUUUUAUCUUUGAAAAAAAGUUUUUUUAGAUGAGAGCGAUGGAACGUUCGCUGCGUAACGUCCCAAGCCAUCGAUUCGCAGGUCCUUAUUAGAAGACUUUUUUUCCGAGGCUAAUGGAUGAAUGAAGGAAGAAAUUGUGUUCAACACUAUCGAGAUUCUGCUAGCGCAACUGUACACAUCUUUAUAUUGUUGAAAACCCACUUGCAAGAAUAUGAACAUCAUAAUUUCAUGUAGUUUUUCUGAAAAGUCGAGACUAUACUGGAAAUCGUUAUGCGCGAUCAAUUAUUCAAGCUACUUGUAAUUAUAUUUUUACCUAGCCCUUACCAGGUAACUACGCAGGCACUUGUUUGCAAGUUGAGUUGCAACAUUUUUUUAGAUAGACCUGGAUAGGGAUGCUUGAAAACAAAAAGUUUACCUACUGGGUUUCAAAAUUUGCAGAGAAAUAGGCUCACUAAACUGCACAGAAAAAGAUUUGAAAAAAAUACUUUUUAUAAUACUACUUUUCAUUAGAUUGAAGUAUCAGAACUCUUGCAAGUGGAAAUUUUUUUAUUGUAUGUCAUGAUGUAUUUUUUUGAUAUUUCUGCGUUUUUGAAAUUGUUCCAUGUUUCACUUUUUUUCACUGUUUCUGAACUUCCGGGUCUUCUGAAUCUUACUAUUUUGCAAAACCCCCCGGUUGUUUUAUUACUGGAAAUAAUUCGAGUCAUUGUAAUUAUUAAACAUAGCUUAAAUUUUACCAUUCUCACGUUAUCUUUUUCCUUUCAUUAUUGAUUGAUACCAUGAAAUCCAAUGCAUCUUAAAGACUUCAAUUGUUGUAAAGUGUAAAAUUAGUUCAUUUUAGAAAUAAAUAUAGUUUUUUUUCCAAGUUUUCUGUGUUUGUUCAGCCUCUUUGAGCUGCGACACUCACAGGUUGCUUGUAUUUUUGUUUAAAUCAAGCUGAAAAUUCAAUGCUAUGGAUAAAUAGAAAAAAAGCUUGAGUUAAAUAAAAUACAGGCGACCUUUGAGCGUUGUAACUCAAAAGAGGAAAAUAAGAGGAAGGACGAGGAGGAGAAAGGAAAAGGAUAUCACGAAUGCGUGCUCCAUGGAUAAUUCGCGCAACCCUUGCGCCUCUACGCGCAAGCUUGCGGCUAACAUGUGCACAUACUCGCGCAAUUCACGGCGCAAGCCUGCGAAAUCCUCGCCGCAAAGUCGCGCCAGACGGGGGAGAGGGGGCCCGGCUCCCUCUCGGGGAGUUCAAAAUUUUAAGGUUGUAACCAGGCUUGUGCGAGGGCCGGCCCGUCAACCUCUCGGCCCCGCGGCCACUUCCCAAGCGCGGCCGGCCCGGCCCAAAAAGCUCAAAAUUUUUUCAUUUUGAAUUUUUCGCUUUUUUUCAACGAGAAAAUUGGAAAUUUUAUCUUUUUUUCCUUAUAGAGUUAUUAGAAACUAUGAUUCAACAAGUAAAAAAAUAAUUUUUUUCGGUGAAAUUUUUUUAAAUGAAAUUCAAGAUUUUUUUCAAAAAAAAUUUUUCAAAGCCCGGCCUGUUUUUUUCGGGCCUAUAAAAAAAUAUCAAGUUCGAUGAAACUUUUCACAACGGAAAAUUACCCGAUUUUUGAGUUCAGCUUUUAUUUCUAAAAAGUUACAGGAAGUGCGAAUCGGUCGACAUCGUGAUAAACUUGAAGAAAUUCGAGAAUCUUUACGAGCUUUUGAACAAGGCGGUGAACAAGAGCAAAAUUCGAAGCCUCAAGAAAAACCAGCCCCGACAUCUACAGAACAGACGACCCCAAAAAAGGUUAGCUUCAAGGUUUUCAAUUUGUGAAAAAUUGAGAGGAAAAAAAUCGAAUUCAGGUUAAUAAUGACGUCAUGGAACUUUCUCAGCAGCUUCAGCAGCAGAAAAUGUACAAUUCUUCACAAAACGAGAGGUUUUUGGAUUAGAAUAAAGUCGAAGUUUUUUUUUUUAUUAUUUAGGACCACAAUGAGAGCUCAACACCAAAAUUUGAUCAAUUCGUUUUCGCCACCUCAUUUUGUAAGUUUUUUCUGUUUUUUUUUUCUAAAAGUAGUGUUUUCAGAGACCUCCACCCCCAUCUUACGAUGCUAAACCGGCUUAUCGGGGACCUACGCCGGCUGCUCCGGAUAAUGUUCGAACCCAUCUUCAUAUUAAAACGUGAAUUUGGAAAGCAGGUUGAAUUUUGAAACAAAGAGCUCAGGUCUCCAUAUGUCGGUCGGCCUGAUUUCGCUGCAAAUCCUGUGAUUUUCCCGACUGCCGGGAGGACACAUAUUUCUAUUGAGCCGUAUAACAAGUAAUACCUGUUUGUACAGUGAAAAGGGACUCAUUAAUUUAUUUUGAGAAUGAUGGAGAACAAAGAAAGUCGGAUGACUAGACACGAAAGUUGGCAGACGAAAGCUCAGCAGCCAGUUUACCACACGACACUUUCCUCCAAUAACGCUGUACCCUCCACCAGCAUCGUUAAUAUAAACAUUUCUCCGUCGCAUCGGGUCAGUUCCUGUAAACUUCCACCAAACAUUCAAAGUGUAGGACCGGCAAAAUAAGUGAAAAUUCUAUUAAAUUAAGCACCAUUCUAGAAAAUACAACGGUCUUCAUAGUCAGAUUUUGAAUGUCAAUUCGUUGCUCAAGCUCCGCCCAUAUUGUGCUGUAAACCAAUCAGAGAGCGAGCCAUCCACACAGCGUUUUCGACGAACGUCAUUGUAAUUGACAUUCGAAAUGGGAUGGGUCUAUAAACUUUCGAAUUUUUCUUUCAAAUAACUGAAAAAUGACUUCUUAGACGAAUCUUCAGUUAUUCAUCAUUUUUGAACAGUUUUUCGCUUCGAUAAAUUCAAGUUCUUAUAUUUAAAAAAGUUUCCCGAAGUUGACUAUUUCCGGACAUUUUCAGGCCAACCUCGGAAUGCAAGAUUUGGCGGGGUCUUCUAGAAGUGUCCUGAUUGGACUGCCCAAUCGAAGGACUGACGCCGAUUUUACCAGGGUCUAUAUGAACUACGAGGAUGAGGUUUUCAGGGAAAUUAUGACUCUUUGAAACAUAAAUCCCUUUCCAGCUGAUGCCGCAGCCGUACUCGGAUGUUUCGCCGUCGACUUCCAAAAUCCAAGACGAAGCCUGGCACGGCCCACCUCAUCCGUCCACGUUGUUCAUGCCCCCGCAAAACUUGGAUAUCACUUUGCAAACGUUAGUUAAUAUGAGGAAGAUGGUGAAAAGGAAAGAUAAGGUAUUAGGAUCUUUUUUUAAAAGAUAGAGCGACUAAUACGAUAAAAAGAGAAUGAUUCGAAGCCCAACUUCAGAAACUUCAAGCCGGUGCCGAACGGCAACGUGGCCAGAAUGUCCAACGGAAUGUCAUCGCCUUCGACGAAAAGAAGCACGUCGCCGCUGCCUCUGGAAGUGCGCGAGCGGUUGCAGACCAACAAGUUCGAGACGAGCCUGCAGUCGUGCAAGCCCAACAUGUUCUGCUUCUACAUGGAGCAGCACGUCGAACGGCUCCUCCAACAGCAUCGAGAACGCGAGAAACGAGUCCAGCAGGUACAGUCCGUUUUUCUCGAGUCGGAAGGGGACUUCUCUGCGCCCUCCUUGUCUCUCGGCAAGGCUUUCGCGUCGAAGUGUUGUUUUUCCUGUUUUUUUCAGACCCCCCCCAGUCCAAAAAAAUUUUAAAUACUUCAUUUCAACUUCAGAAAAGUAGCAUUUUUUUUUUGAACUGAUUUAAUGAAAAAGAUCAAAAUAUUAUCGUUUUCAGCUCGAGAAGGAAAUGAAUGCGGCCGAUUUGCCGUUAAUGAUGCGACAGAAAAUGUUGGAACUUCUGCAGCAAAAAGAGUCGAGGUGAUGACGUCAUUUCAAAUGAUAAAACAACCAUUUGUUUCAGAUAUACGAGGUUGAGAAGGCAGAAAAUGGGCAAAGAAAUGUUCACAGUAAUUCAACACAUCGGCGUCGGAGCCUUCGGCAAAGUUUCGUUGGUUCGAAAGGUUCACUGCGAAUGAAAGGCGAUGAAUUAGACAAAUUCGGGGUUCAGAAGGAUACGGGGAAGGUCUACGCGAUGAAAAGCUUGGAAAAAGCAGACGUCAUCAUGAAACAGCAGGUCGGGGAUUUUCUCAUUUUAUCAAUUUUUUUUUGUCCUGGACUCUGAAAAAUUUGAUCAAAUAUGCUAUUAUUUUCCGACUUGUACUCUCUUGUAUGAAUUUCUUUUUUCAUAAAACUUCUACUUAUUAGGCCUUUUUUGAAAGAAUGGGAAAUGUGGUUUUUUAAACGACUUUAAGCGCAAAUAAUGAAAGGUUUCAAAAGUGAAUCAUUUUCCGAAAUUAAAAAAUGGCACAUUUUCGAUAAAAUAUUUUCAAUGUCUCCAAAUUUGUUUAAAUCUCGUUGUCACAUAUUUCAAAUAACUUUGCCAUCUGAGAUUAACGUUUUUCUUCAUUCCAUUGAGAAAGAAACUGAGCGGCAAAACUUGUUAUUUUUUUCUUAUUAGCACUUUUUUAACCUAAUUUUUUUUCAUAUGCGUCUUGCAACUGGAUAUAUGAUAAAAUGGUUAUUGAAAAAAACUUGAAAAGUCAGUAUAAGGGUAAUUCAGAAAAAAAGUACAAGUUUUUUUUAUUUCGACGUGUUCUUUUUAGAACAUUAUUUAUGCUAGACACACUAAAAAAGUUUUGAGAAUUACAAAAAGUCAAAAAUCGACUUCCAGGCUUCUCAUGUGAAAGCCGAACGGGACAUAUUGGCCGAGGCAGAUUCUCCGUGGAUCGUCCGACUUUUCUUUUCGUUCCAAGACCAUCGUUGUCUUUAUUUCAUCAUGGAAUACGUGCCUGGCGGUGAUAUGAUGCAGUUGCUAAUCAAUAAGGGCAUUUUCGAAGAGUCUUUGGCCAGGUCCGCUUCAGAUUUUGAAAUUAUUGGACCGUGAAAUUAGAUUAGAAGUUGAUACUGGAAAGAAGAUGAUGAGCCAGAAAAAAAAUCAAGCAAAAAAUCUUUAAAAACGCUUCCUUGAAUGAAAUGUAUUGCAUUGCAAAAGCUUCAGUUUUAUGAUGUUCCCUAUUUUUUUCUUUUAUUUUUUCAAAAGAAGUUCAAUUUUAGGUUCUACAUCGCUGAACUUACCUGCGCCAUAGAAUAUGUCCAUUCUGUGGGGUUUAUUCAUCGAGACAUCAAACCGGACAAUAUCCUGAUCGAUAAAAAUGGACAUAUCAAGUUGACGGAUUUCGGACUUUGCACCGGUUUGAGAUGGACUCACGAUAGGAGGUAUUACAUUUUUUAUUUCAUCAUUUUGUUUUUUAUACUUAUUCAGAGGCAAAACCAGAUUUUAAAUGUACAAAUAAGGUAAAAAAUAGAAGAUUUACCCGCAUCAUUAAUUCGAAAUAUACGUUUUUUUUUUUUGGGAAGCUAAGUGUUUUUGAAAGUUUUUCAAUAAUAUUUGUCAAUUCACCGGAACUUUUCUUCAAGUUUCCCUGAGAUACAGGGCGAAAGAAAAAGCUCGCUUUUUGAAUUUGAAUGAACAUUUUGGAAUUGAGCGAAUGGGUUCUCCUUCCAGGUACUAUGGAACCGAAAACGAACACCAGCGAGCCGAUUCCUUCUCUUUGCCGGCCGAAAUCGCGGCCACCGAAGAAAGUAUCAAAGUGCUAAACAUUCGGCAUCAGAAGAAGCGAAAUUGCGCUCAUUCCGUCGUUGGAACCGGCAACUAUAUGGCCCCGGAGGUCAUCAGUCGCACGGGUCAGUUUUUUGAUGGAAUAAGGACCGAUAAAAUGGUCAAGUCUCAAAAACAUCUUAGAGCUGUGAAUAGCAAACAAAGCAGUUUGAAAAAAAGAACAUAACAUUUUCAAUAAAAUCUUCGUCUCAUUUUAUGUUUGCAGGCCACACUCAGCUGUGUGACUGGUGGUCGGCUGGAGUUAUUCUUUACGAAAUGGUUUUCGGUCGGCCGCCAUUCAUGUCGAUGCGCGACGACCCCAGGGAAACCCAGGACAAGGUACACAUUUAAAAUUGAAGAUUUCCGGAUUUUCUAAUAAUAUCUGAAUACAGUAGCAUUGAUUCCAAGAUAAAAGUUUUUCUUUUUUUUUUUACUAGAUUUGGUUAAUCUGCCAAAUUUCAAGAACCAUUCGAACGAUUCGAAUUUUUCCGUUUUCUAGAUUUUGAACUGGCGAAUUUAUCUGGACGUAUCUGCCAGCGCUGGCGGAGGUCGACUCUCCGCUGAUUGCAUUUCUAUCAUCAAGGUUUAUCCUUUUCUUGCGAAUCGCACUCAAAAAAGUCAUUCAGGAGUUCAUUUGCGACGCUUCAAAUCGUCUAGGUUCGAAAGGAGCGUCCCAAAUUAAGAAACAUCAAUGGUUUAAGGUGAAUCUAACAAUCACCUUUUAGUUGAGUCUUAGUCUUCAGAAUGAGAAAAUAUUUUCAGGACAUCAAUUUCGCGACUCUGCGACAAUCGCGUGCCGAAUUCAUUCCGCGGGUCGAGCACGCCGAGGACACUUCCAAUUUCGAUACGAUCCAUGUCAGUUUCCAAACUCUCUUUCUAUUUGAACUCGGGUUUCACUUUCUUUUCAAAUUCUUUUCUCAUAUUUCAUACUUUGACCUAGUAAUUUUCCUCCAGUUCUUUUCCUCCAAUCCGAAAGAGUCAUGUCUUUGAAGACUCGAGGUCUAGAGCGUUCUUCAGUGUAUAUGUAGGCCGUUUUCGACUUCUGAGCUUUCAAAAUCCAGCAAAGAUUCUGAAAAGUAAUGUUACCUGUUGAAUUGGUUUUUGAGUAUUUAUUUCAGAAGUUUUUGAAAAUUUUUUGAGCCGUUCAAAGUCGUAAUUUUAGAGAAAUAUUGAACUUCUUCACAAGUACUCUGAAAACGGAAAUAAUUUUAUACUCUUAGUUUUUUUUUGUUUUAAAACCGUAUCCAAGCGCAAAAUCUAGAAAAGCCGGUAAAGGCCUCCAAAAAACCUUUUUAGUUCUUUUGUUUCGAGAGGACAUCUCUGAAUAAUCGAAAUUUCGCCUUUUGUUAAUCACUUUCGUUUGAACAUGAAGUUUCUGUUUCAGAUAUCUGACAAGGCGGAGACGUUGAACACGAGAGCCCCCAACAAUCCGGCCUUCUACGAGUUCACCUUCCGACACUUCUUCGACACGGACGGAAUGGGCUGUCCUUCGCUGCGGCCGUCGGCGCGUCGGCCAUCCCUUAAGCCGCUACUUGAGAAUCCGCAGCCCGGCAGCGAAGAACUCCUUCAUGUGCAGUUGUAG